AUGGUGAAAAAAUGUUUCGUGCCAGGGUGUAUGAACGAGGCUGGGCAUUCAUGCAAAUGCUCUUCUCCUGAAAUUUUAUUGUGUGGAGAGCAUAUAGGGGAGCAUGUAAACUUGCCUAAUAGAGUUCAUAAUCCUGAAUCACUUUUUAUUCAGCCUUGUGAAGGGACAAAAGAAGUAAUUCUUGAAUUCCUCACAAAAGAAAAUUCAAAAUAUAGUGAGUUGAAAAGAAAAAUUAUAGAUUCCUUUAGCCAGCGUCUUCCCUAUUCAGAGAAAGACUUAGGAGAUUUUAUAAGCAAGUUGGAUUACUACCUAGAUGACAUAAAUGAUUCCUUUGCAAAAAUUUCCCAAGCAUCAAAAUUAUUAGAGUCAGAAGAAGAUCCAAUUUUAGGAUUAUUGACUUUACAACCUCAAGAAGCUAUUGAGAAAGUAAAAUUGAAGACCAUAGCCAGCAGAGAUUGAUACAAUGGUGCAAAGUUGUUUUAUAUAUUCAAUCAAAAGUUAGAGAAUGUAAAUAGAGCCUUCUUUGCUGAAAUAUGUGGAGCAUAUUUAGAACAGAGGAAUAUGCAAAUUACUCCUGAAAUGCAUAAUAAAACCAGCAAGCCCACAAGUAUAGAGUCAGCAAACGUUAAUGAUUCGAUUUCCUUGAUAAUAAAUGAAAAUAGUGAGUGUUUAAAAGGGCCUGAAAAAGAAAACAAGCCAAUAAAAACAACCCCAGAAAAUGAGAUAAGCUUGCUUAAUUUUCAAAUGAGCACUGUUUCUAAUGAUCUCAACAAGCAAACAGAAAGCGCUUCAAACAUCAUAGACACCUUAAGAAAUAAAACAGCUGAGAUUUUGAGUAGACCAAAUAACCCAGAAUUAGAAAUAGAUUUCAGAGCAACUUGCUCAGCAAUUCAGACCGAUUCUUAUGAUCCACCGCUAAUGCAAGCUUACCAAGAUUUUCUUAAUGCUUAUCAACAAAAGACAUCUCUUUAUAAUAUUACAGAAGAAAACAAGAGAACUAAUUUAACUAUUUAUAACACUGAAACUGACACCCAAGAAGUCAAAACCUUGCAGACUCCAGAAUCACUAGACUAUAGCACUUGCAUAACUCAACUUCCAAAUGGCAAACUAUUCUGUUUUGGUUGUACUUAUGAAGAUUCUGGAAUUACAGCGCUAAUUGAUGUGAAUGGUGGAGUCGAAGUGCUGCCAUCUGGAACUCCUUGCUAUUACUCAUCAUGUAUGCUGGUUUUAAAGAUUGAUGAUUGCAUAUGGAUAAUCUUUUGAAGUUGUACAUUGAUGGGAUGAAUAAUAUGAUAUGCUCCCAAAUUGCAGUUCAUCUUCCAAGUAUUGGCAUUUUUAAGAAGAAAUUGCAGAGCAGGAGAGUGCAUAAAAGAUAUAAUAAUUUAUAUCACCCAUUCCAUCUUUUCUCAAGCUAACAGAAAUUUAUAAUUCUAUCUCCCUCUUACAUCUCCCAAAAGCUAAACUCUCUCAGAGAUUGUAAUAAAACAUCAAAUGGCCUAUAUCUAUUUCAACAACAGCGUCUAUUGCUUUGGAGGAUUAGAUUCUGAAGAUAAUAAUGCUUUAACUCUAUCUAGUAGAUUCGAUUUGAAUCAAAAUCGAUGAAUUGAAUUAGCUCCAAUGCCAGAAGCUGAUUAUUGAUGCAAUAGUAUAAUAUUUAAUGGAAAUAUUUUGAUUCCUGGAUAUAAUAGAAACCUUUGGUUAUACUCAAUUGAUAUUGAAUCUUUCUCGACAAUUCCUCAUGAGUUUGCAGGAAGGACAAAAAAGAUCCUGAUAAAUGCAGAGAGACUAUAUUUGAUUGAAUGCCCUGGAUCAAUCUAUGAAAGCGAAGUUGAAAGUUACUCGAAUUGGAGACGAAUAGAAAAAUCAACAUUCUAUUAUCCUAAUCAAGUGUAUUGUUCAUAUAAUAAAGGAGGAAUAUACAUCUCAACUAUGGAGGGAUCAGAUACAGCAUAUUAUUGUUUUAAUUUAGAUCAAAAAAUCAUGAUUGAUGUUGCUUACUAUACGAAGCAUGUUUCACUUAGAAGAAUAGGUAAAAAGAUUGAAGCGAUAAAAUGAAAUAUACAGAAUUCUAAGCUCGAUCCUUAUUUUCUGGAUGAAUUAAAUCUAAAAGGCAAAUCACUAAACUCAUUAGCAGAAAAUCUAGAAGAAAUCGAACGCUGUGACGAAGCAAUCAAGCUCAAACCAAACGAUGCUGGUAAUUACAAUAAUAAAGGCUCAGCUUUUUAUAAGUUAGAAAGAUAUCUAGAAGCAAUCGAAUGUUAUGAUAAAGCUAUCAAACUCAGUCCAAAUGAAGCUAAUUUUUACACUUGAAAAGCCAUUGCUUUUAAUAAAUUAAAAAGACAUCUAGAAGCAAUCGAAUGCUAUGAUAAAGCAAUCGGAUGCUAUGAUGAAGAAAUCGAGCGAGAUGUUUCUUCAAGCAGGAGUAUUGCUGUAUGUUAUAAUGAUAAAGGGACAGCUUUUAUAGAGUUAAAAAGAUAUCUUGAUGCAAUCGAAUGCUUUGACAAAGCAAUCAAAAUCUAUCCAAGUAAUGCUAAUUACUAUAAGAAAGCAUGCUCUUUAAAUAAAUUAGGAAGAUAUCAAGAAGCACUAGAAAGCUACGCUAAAGCAAUCAAAUACAAUUCAAAUAGUGCCCAGUUUUUUAAUGGUAAAGGCAAUACUCUUUAUGUUUUAGAGAAAUAUAAAGAAGCAAUAAAAUGCUAUAAUACGGCAAUCAAACUUGAACGCAAUAAUCCUUUGCAUUUCUGCUGCCGAGCUAGAGUAUUUAAUAAUCUCGGACAAGAAGAAGCGGCUUUGCAGGAUCUUAAAACAGCUUAUAAUUUGAAGCAAGAAAAUCAAGUAAAUGGUGUUUUCACUGGGAAUGAAUGGAAACUUUCUGAAGAGGAUAUCAAUUUUAUUAACGACGCAUUAGACAGAGACCGUAUUGAACUACUCCAAAAAAUGCAGGUUUAA